AUGCCUAUUGACAAGGACUUGAAGAAUGCUUAUGCAGCUCUAUAUGACGAGCAUGAUCCCUUGAAGGCAUUGAAGAGGUACGAUGUAAUUCUCGAAGAGCAUCCGGACUGUUUGCUUGCACUUGUUUAUAAAGCUGCUUCACUUGAGAAACUAUACUACGGCUUUUCAGAUUGGCAUAAUGAACAGUCUUUGGAAAAUGCCACCCAGCUUUUGAGCAAAGCUUUGGCCAUUUCUGAAGAAAGGGGUGAUCGCUCAAAAAUUGGAUUUGUUUAUUUCCGGUACUUUGUUCACUACUAUAACAGAAAAGAUUAUGAUGCUGCUAAUCGGUAUAUGAUACUGUCCCAGAAAUUCGGCUAUCUGGAUGCAACGCUCCCAAUGUGGCAGAGUCAAUUGAACAAGAAAUUGGGGAAGUUGUUGCGCAAACAAUCCAACUCAAAGCCAACAGCUCAAAAAGAUGCACCAGCUAAAUCUGAUUCGUGCGGCAGCUUAUCUAAUUGCAAAGAUACGUCAAUUGGAACAGCUGAUGAAAAACCGCUUGAAAGGGACUCUAAAAAGCCUGAGCUUGAAGGCACACAGCCUGCCGCACAGGACCCUGAGAGGCUCAGGACAGAUUGGUAUCAAACCACAAACACUAUUGUCCUUUCACUGUUUACAGUCAAUCUACCUCAAUCGAAAGAGGCGAUGCAUGUUUCAGUCUCGCCAGAUGAUAAAAAAAGUUUGGAAGUAGCGUACCAAGUUGCUAGUACAGGAUCCGAAUUUCAAUAUUCAAUAGAACUAAGUCACGAAGUUGAUCCUGAAGUUGUCAAAAUCAACGUUUUCACAAAAAAAAUUGAACUGACACUUAAAAAGAUAGAAAAAUUGCAGUGGAAAAUUCUCGAAUCAUCUCCGCAAGCUACUGAAGAAGAUCUAGCUUCAUCUAAAGACGUAAUUUCGCAAAAUCGUGCUGUGCAAAACGAGGGUGCUCUUGACUAUCCCUCUUCAUCGACAAAACAUAUUGACUGGUCAAAGAUAGAUUUUGACGAAGAAGAUGAUGAGAAUUCCGGGUCGGCAGAUGCCUUUUUCCAGAAAAUAUAUGCAGAUGCAGAUCCUGAUACUCGAAGAGCUAUGAUGAAAUCUUUUGUAGAAAGUAAUGGAACUGCACUAAAUACCAAUUGGAAUGAUGUAUCUAAAUCGUUUGUUGAACCAUCGCCUCCGGAGGGGAUGAACUUAAAACAUUGGUAA